ACAUGGUAGUGAAUGUAUAGUUGGAUAUGAACAUUUGGACUAGCAUAGCGCACAUUGUUGCAAGGGAAUAAUGAACAAAAAACUUGCGUGCCUUGAAUGGUCACAAAUCAUAGCUACGUCAUUACCACCAGUGGUAAUGGUUAAAGGGUCUCACGCUUGGUGCGCUCUGAAAUGAGGAAGCCGGUUCAGCAUUUGGCCUGUAUUUGUUUGGCUGACUCUGGCAGCAGUACAUUGAUCAUCACCUCCUCCGCACACGGAUCUCUCUGCUGGAAUCUGCUGUCCUAGCUGGGUCGCAGAGAUGGCAUAGCAGACUGCGUCUACAAAGGCUUAUGAGAGGCAUUCAGAUUCUUACAUAUGGAAUCUACUAUUCUCAACCAGGCACUGUUUAACCCUAUGAAAUAACAUCAGUCAUCCAGCCUGGACCAGCCACACUUUAGGAUGGCAACGAAAUGUUGGGCGGCUGGCACUCAGUGUAUUGCCAAGAAUGACCACACCAAGCCCAAAGCUUCUGAGCUGGCCUACCGCAAAGGAGACAUUCUCACCAUUGUGGAGAUUGGGAUGGACAAGGGCGUUUACAAAGCCACACACAACAAGACCGGAGAGGAGGGCCUCAUCUCUGCUAGCAGUGUCCGAGAGCGGGAAGCCAUUCGCAUAGACCCAAGCCUCAGCCUCAUGCCCUGGUUUCAUGGGAAAAUCUCAGGGCCAGAAGCGGUGAACAAGCUGAAACCUAUGGAGGAUGGGCUGUUCCUGGUACGAGAGUCCAUCCGGCAUCCUGGCGAUUAUGUGCUGUGUGUCAGUUUUGCUCACGAAGUCAUUCACUACCGGGUUAUCUAUCGUGACAACAAGCUGACAAUUGACAACACCCAGUUUUUCUACAACCUCAUUGACAUGAUUGAGUUCUACACAAAGAACAAGGGAGCCAUUGCUACAACCCUGCAGAAACCGAAACAGAAAGAGGGCACCAAAUCAGCGGAGGUGGAGCUGUCUAAGGCUGGAUGGCUGCUGGACAUCAAAAAGCUCACCUUGGGAGAGAGCAUUGGAGAAGGGGAGUUUGGAGAGGUGUACAUGGGGGAAUACAUGGGACAGAAGGUGGCCGUCAAGAACAUCAAGUGUGAUGUCACAGCUCAGGCCUUCCUGGCGGAGACCGCUGUCAUGACGAAACUCCAGCACAGGAACUUGGUGCAGUUGCUAGGGGUGAUCUUGGACAAUGGGCUGCACAUCGUCACAGAGUUCAUGGCGAAGGGUAACCUGGUGAAUUUCCUCCGGACGAGAGGUCGCUCCGUGAUUGGCAAGACGCAACUGCUUCACUUCGCACUAGACGUCUGUGCAGGGAUGGAGUACCUGGAGUCCAAGAGGCUGGUACACAGAGACCUGGCCGCUCGCAACGUCCUGGUGUCCGUCGACAGUGUGGCUAAGGUUAGCGACUUUGGGCUGGCCAAAAGGGACUCCAAGGCGACGGAUAACGCAAAGCUGCCCAUCAAAUGGACUGCCCCCGAAGCUCUGAAGAAAGAUAAAUUCUCCACGCGCUCAGAUGUCUGGAGCUAUGGGGUCCUCUUAUGGGAGACGUUCUCCUACGGCAGACAGCCCUACCCAAAGAUGUCUCUGAAGGAGGUGAAGGAGACGGUGGAGCAAGGCUAUCGCAUGGAAGCCCCGGAGGACUGCCCCGCCAGCGUCUACGCCAUCAUGAGGGUCUGCUGGGAGGCCGAUCCCGGGAAGAGGCCUUCCUUCCGAAAACUGCGGGACAAGCUGAAGAGGGAGCUGCCCGACAGUAACUCUGCAACGGGCUCCUGAGGCCGCUGAGGGGAGGGUGGAGUAAGGCCCAAAUUAGCAGACAGUUUGUGUCGUGCUCCCCUCCCCUCCUUCCCCCCAUCCAAAGUUUCCACGUGAACCCCUCGGUGAUGGCUGAUUUUUUUUUUCCACAUGGGAAAUGUUUAGAAUUCCUGAGGGUCACACAAGAACUGUGCUAUUUCUCCAGUUAAUUAUACAGAUAUUUAUAUAUUUAUGAUGUGUGGAAAACAGAGAGCGAUGACACACAAGGCACUUGAAAUAGAGCUGGGAUUGGUGGCCACCAGGGGGCAGCACUAAGAACUGAAACAGAUCAGAUGAAUCCCUGCUCUCCUAUCAAGCAAUAUAGUGCCUAAAGGCAGCCACUGUACAUACACACUGUAUUAUACAGAGCUAUAUGAUGUAACUACUGUUGGAUAUAUGUAAUGCAUAUAUUGAGGAAAAGGCUGUUGUAAUUAAAUAACUUUUUAAUGCAUUUUCUUUAGUUUUUUAUUAUUUUUAUUUUGUCAGGUUUAUUAUAUUGUAUCUGCCUGAAAGGCGACAGUGAGGUGAUGGUGGCUUUUGCUCUGUGGAGAGGAGGGAAAGAACGGGAAGUGUCAGUGGUUUCCAUCUCAGUAGCUUUUGGAUGGCCUGGCCUGGACUUAGACUUCGUGUUUCUGAAGACAGAACUUCUUCUUGCUGUUCUGCUGCAAGACAGACACAGAGAGGGAAAGACAGAGUGAGAGAGAGAUGGUAAGAAAGAGAUAGAGAGAGAGCAAGAUGGCAAGAAAAAGAUGGAGAGAGAGAUACAGAGAGAGAAAGAGAGAGAGAGAGAGAUAAAAACACUUAUCCGGGAUUAGUGUUCAGAUAACCCAUGUCUGCACGUCUUGUAGCAUAAUUGUCUCGCAAUAUGUCCUGGGUUGCAGAGCUUAAUAUGCAGAACCUUUAAUGUUAUUGCAAAUAUAAGUCAGGAAUUACAAAGCUGGAAACAGCAUGUGUAUGGAGAUACCUCUCUGCAAUCGGUUGUGAAUGUUACUGGAUUUUCGGGAACACUUCCUAUUCCAUGGUACUGUUUCCAUGGUAGUGUGUGGAGGGAAUCCACGAGGCUCAGUGCUCUAUAUUAAAUUUUCUCUUGGUUAAAUAAAAAUUCAGAAGGUGGCAAAAUUAUAAAAUUAGAAUCUGGAUCGCAGAGCUAUUUUUGGCUGUAUGUUGAGAACCAGCUUUUCCCAACUCCAAAAUAGUGGCGAUUAACUUGACACAGAUUACUGCAAGGAGAGUUUUUUUUUUUUGGUUGUUGUCAUGUUGCAUCCCAAAUCAAAGAUGCCAGUGGCUUUAAAGCUUUCUUAGCCUGUUUUUAUUUUGUCUUUCACCCAUGGGAUGGGACUCAGAUUCGGUCCUUAUCCGUUGUCCUUUCAUUAAGACACGGCCCGUGUUGGAUUUGCAUUGUCUCUGAAAAUCCCCUAAUUGGAUGAGUUGUUACAUUAAAAGAAAUAAU